UUAUCAUUAGCUAAUUGCAGAGGGCAAUGCUAUGAUGGAGCCAGUAAUAUGCUUGGGUCAAAAAGUGGCGUAGCCAAGAGAAUUCAAGAACUUCAGCCCAAAGCUCAUGCAACUCACUGUCAUGGUCAUUCAUUAAGUCUGAGUAUGAAGGACACAACGAAAAACUGUAAGGUGAUAUCAAAUACUAUGGAUACAGCAAAAGAGAUUGUGACCCUAAUAAAGUUUUCUCCAAAACGUGAAAAUCUACUGGGAGAAAUACAAAAAAACCUCGAAGAAGGAGAACUGGCAACACAUGGCAUAAUAAAGCUGUGUCCUACAAGAUGGACAGUACGCGCAUCAUGUUUCCAACGAAUCCUGGACAAUUAUUCAGCUCUUCUUCAAGAAUGGAUGGUUUGCCUAGAUGAGAAACUCCAAGCGGAUAUACGUGGACGGAUAAUCGGGUGCCAAGCACAAAUGAAAACAUAUGACUUCUUCUUUGGACUAAAUUUGGGUGAACGGUUGUUUUCCCACACUGACAACUUGUCCAAAACAUUACAGAGUACCAAGAUGUGCGCUGCAAGUGGACAACGGCUUGCCAAUCUUACAAAGGAAGUUCUACAAAAGAUACGGAGUGACGAAAGCUUCAUAUUAUUCUACGAAGCAAUUUUAAUAAAAAGCAAAAACAUUCCAUCAAUUUCAGAGCCAACAUUACCAAGGAAAAGACGUGCACCUGCUAGGUUUGAGAUUGGGACUGGGAUGCCAUCAUACCCCACGACAUCUCAAGAUUAUUACAGGCAAAUAUAUUUUGAAUGCAUUGACUUCAUGAUAAAUGCUAUUGAACAGCGGUUUAACCAGCCAAGUUUUAGCGUAUACGAACAGAUGGAAUCUUUCUUGCUCAAAGUUCUAAACGAUCAAGACUACUCCACAGAGUUGCAGUUUCUUGAGGACAACUACAGUGGUGAUUUAGACAUUGGGGCAUUGAAAUCCCAACUUGAAAUUUUUGAAUUGCUCUUAAAGGAUGCUGAUUGUGUUUGUUUUUACGACAUGUUAGUAAAAAUCAGAGAGUUGCCUGAACCAGAAAAGAAGAUGAUAAGUCAUAUUAUUACCAUCUGUAAGCUUAUCCAGGUUAACCCAGCAACAAGCGCGAGUGCCGAAAGAUCGUUUUCCGCCGCUCGAAGGUUAAAAACAUGGCUUCGUUCGACCAUGUCCCAAGAACGGUUGAACAACCUGACGGUGAUAAACGAGCAUAAGGAGAGAACAGACGGACUUUGCCUCGUUGAUAUUGCGAAUGAGUUUUGCGAACGAAACGAAAACAGGAAACGAAAUUUUGGUCGCUUCGUCGAGUCGGACUGUUAUCAACAUUCAAACAUAUGCGCUAUUUGCCAAAAAGAAGCCUUAGGUUAA